AACAAACCUCUCAUAGAGUACAAAAGCAUGAGACCAGGUGGUAAUACGAUGUUUAGAAAAGGUGCAUGGACAGCCCAAGAAGAUAUGCUUCUGAAGAACUAUAUACAGAAAUAUGGAGAAGGGAAAUGGCACCUGGUAGCUCUUAACGCAGGUCUAAAUCGAUGUAGAAAAAGUUGUAGGUUGCGAUGGGUAAAUUAUCUUCGCCCGAAUAUUAAACGAGGAGAUUUUCAAGAAGAUGAAGUUGACCUCAUACUUAGGCUUCACAAGCUUCUAGGUAACAGAUGGACACUUAUUGCUGGGAGAAUACCUGGAAGAACGGCUAACGAUGUGAAGAACUAUUGGAACACAAAUCUACGAUCCCGUAUAAGCCGAAAAAAACACAAAGUUGAACCGUCACAACAUGCCACGCACUUGGCUAUUAAGCCGCAACCACAUACCCUCAUUAAAACAUCAAAUGUGUACCCUUGCAUUGGAUUUCAUGACACAGGUAACUUGAUAACAUCAUCAAAUAACUCCCAAAGGUUACUCUCGUCUUCUACUCUAUUUGAAGACAUGAUCAACGAGUAUUUGGAUCGAGAGAAGGAAAUGGGAGACAAAGUUGGAUUAUCUUUGCGAGGUUUUUCUGUUGAGGGGGAAGGAUCAAAUGUUUCCGAGCAAGAAGAUGGCCAAAACAGUUUAUUUAAUUUCCCCAUAGAUGACGUGAUAUGGGAUCUUGUUCUUUGAGAACAGUUAUGAUCCUAACUCGUCUUCGUUUAAUACAUCUAAUUUAUAAAUAAAGGGUAAGUAUCUAUUAGUUGA